AUGUAUUCCGUUUGCCCAAAGGUACUGGCACAACAUAUUGCCAAGAGGUGUACUUCAUUCGGCACGGUCUUGGACUCGUUUUGUGGUGCCGGGAGGAAUGUAAUACAACUGGCGUUGACUUGUGACCACGUUAUCGCCAUCGAUUUGGAUCCAAAGAAAAUAGCUUUGGCCAAGAAAAACAUAGAGGUUUACGGAGUGACCCACCGGAUAAAUUUCAGGGUGGGAAAUUCUUUCUUGGUGGCCACUAACCUCAGAAUGGACUCUAUUGUCACCUCACCACCAUAGGGCGGUCCCGGGUACG